AUGGAUGCUGAAGCCGCGGUCCCCGAGGAGCCCGAGAGGAAGCGCAGGGUGCACGGCAUGUUGAAGCUUUACUAUGGGCUAAACGAAGAAGGAAAGGCCGAUGAGAAACCGCAAUCACUGGAUCCCUGUGACAUCAACGGGCCACAUUUUGACCCAGAACACUACCUGAACAAGCUUCGAAAAGAAUGUUCUCUUCCUGAGCUGAUGAGCCAUGAGACCACCAUGGUGAAGCAAAUCCGUUCAUUGGACAGUGACAUGCAGACUCUGGUAUACGAAAACUACAACAAGUUCAUAUCGGCCACAGACACCAUAAGAAAGAUGAAGAAUGAUUUCAAAAAGAUGGAGGAUGAAAUGGACUGUCUGUCUGCAAACAUGGCGACGAUCACUGACUUUAGUGCUCACAUCAGUGGUACCCUUGAAGACAUGCAUGCUCAGAUUACAAAACUCUCAGGGGUUCACACGUUGUUAAGGAAAUUACAGUUUCUGUUUGAACUGCCUGCAAGACUAAACAAAUGCUUGGAGCUACAGGCCUAUGCUCAGGCAGUGAAUUGCCACCGGCGUGCUCGCUGCGUGCUGCAGCAAUACAGCCACCUGCCUUCCUUCAAAGGCAUCCAGGAUGACUGUCAUGCUAUCAUGGAAAAGCUGGCGCUGGAGCUUCGGCAGAAGUUCAGGGACGGUGGCUCGAGCGCUAAAGACUUAUCUGAGUGUGUGGAGCUGCUCCUGCAGUUGGAUGAGCCUGCAGAGGAGCUGUGUGAAAAGUUCCUCAGCCAUGCGGGCUCGCGUCUAGAGCUGGACCUGCAAGGCCUGGAGGCUGAGAUAAGACCGAACCCGUCUGCUUCAGGCGUGAACGAUGCGUCACGCUGGCCUUCACCUAGCGCCACUGCCGGAUCUGUACGUGACAGCACUUUGAAAACAAGCCUUGUCCCUUCUCCCUCCUCGAAUACUGACAUAUUAGAGUUCAUCGACAGAGGUUGCAAUGAGUUUGUCAGCAGCUUAUGUUUAGUAAUUACAUCUUAUCAAGAACUCUUCAUCAACCACGCUCAGAAAGGUGACCUGGCGUCCAAGAAUAUACCUCAGAUGGCGAACAGCAAGCUGCUCGCCUUCGUCAAUGAUCUAUCAGCCCGAUAUUUCUCGCUAGUCGAGCGAAGGAUUCAAGAGGAAAAAGGCGUGGCAGAUAACUCCCUCUUGGUCCGUGCCCUUGACCGAUUUCACCGCAGGCUCCAGGCGGUGACCAAGCUGCUCCCCGGCUCCUCAGUGGCUACCCGUGGAACGGAUAUCGUGAUCCGCGCCGCAACAGAGCGAGUCAAGCAGUACCUGGCUGCUCUCCAGAGCUUCUACAUGGACAGCUUGACGGACGUAAGGCAAGCUCUGGCGACGCCUCGUCUCUCGCUGGCUGCUUCGGGGGCCGGAUCUCAUCUAAGCGGCCCGGUCUCUGGCAGAGAUGCGCCUAGCGGCCUCCCAGAGCUGCUGUCCUCCCUGUCAGCUUCUAUCCUCAACCAGAUCAAGUCAGUGUUGGCAUCUGUGCAUCUCUUCACAGCCAAGGACAUCACUUUCUCCAACAAGCCGUACUUUAAGGGGGAAUUCUGCUGCCAGGUUGUCCGUGAGAGCAUGGUUGUCAGUUUUAUCAAAUUUGUGUGUCAGUCCUCUCGUCAGUUUUGUGAGAGUGCAGGAGACAAGGGAGGGUCCACCCCACCGGCUCUCCUGUUGCUUCUCUCUCGACUCUGCUUAGAUUAUGAAACCUCCACGAUCUCAUACAUACUCACUCUUACUGAUGAACAAUUCCUGGCACAGCAUCACAGUCCAGCAACGGCCGUCACUGCCCUAUGUGCAGAAGCCAGGGAAGCGGCACAGAAACUACUGAACCAUUAUGUCAAGGUUCAGGGCCUAAUUAUUUCGCAAAUGCUCAGAAAGAGCGUCGAAACACGAGACUGGGUGAACACCAUCGAGCCCCGAAAUGUCCGUGCGGUGAUGAAAAGAGUUGUGGAAGACGCUACCUCAAUUGAUGUGCAGGUGGGUCUUCUUUAUGAGGAAGGUGUGAGGAAAGCGCACAGUAGCGAUUCAAGCAAAAGAACUUUCUCAGUCUACAGCAGCUCAAGGCAGCAAACUCGUUAUGCAGCAAGCUACACACCAAGCGCUCCCAUGGACACUAAUUUACUGAGCAACAUCCACAAGCUGUUUUCUGAACGAAUUGACAUCUUUAGCUCAGUGGAGUUCAACAAGGUCUCUGUGAUGACGGGAAUUAUAAAAAUCAGCUUGAAGACAUUCCUGGAGUGCGUGCGGCUGCGCACUUUUGGCCGCUACGGGUUGCAGCAAAUUCAAGUUGACUGUCACUACCUACAAAUGUACUUGUGGCGCUUUGUCUCUGAUGAGAACCUAGUACAUUUCCUGCUGGAUGAAAUUGUGGGGAGCUCCGCCCACCGCUGCCUGGAUCCUGCCCCGAUGGAGCAAAGCGUCAUUGAAGUUAUUUGUGAACGAGGUUGA